CACACUCGGGAGCAGCGUUUUGACGCACCACGCAGAGUUGGAUUAUAGUAUUGCGCGCUGGUCUUUCACGGAGCGUUUUCGCUUUCCUCACGUUGCCUGCUCUCUCUCUUCUCGCAUGUGAUAGAGUGUUAUUGAUACAUGAUCGGAAUCAAUACCACUUUGACCUCUGCUGAGCUUUUUGGGGAUAAAAAAAACCAAAACAACAAAAACGAGCGCUGUCGCCGCUUCUGCCUCUUUGCCGGAGGCGUGUUGUGAAUUAAUAACAAGACAGUCUCACCUGGAGUGUGUGUGGAGUGUGAGGUCUGUGUGUGUGCGCGCGCGCACGUGUGUGUGUGUGUGAGUGUAAAAGAGUGUGUUUCUCUGGAUCAGGUCAAGGUGUGAGGUGUUACACUCUACCUGGUUCCGCACACACACCGCAUUUACACCACAUACACUAACUCAAAGCGCACCGGGGGGAUUUUGCGCACCGCAUGCCGGGGACAUGUGGAAGUUUUCGCCGCUGUAGCGCAGUGAGAGAGCCGGUUGAGAGCCGCCUGGUCGACCUCUCCUCUCCCUGUCCGGAGGGAUCAAACUCCCGGUGCAAAGCCUUCACAGACAGAGCCCCCUCCAAGAAGAGCCAAAUGUAAAUUCAGCAAGAGAAAUUCCCCCCAAAAAACCCACAAAGAGGAAUCAGCAAACAAGAGGACUGUCUAGUUCACAGCGCAGAGUUUGGUGAGCUUUCCACGGAUUCAUUUCAGGGCUUUUAAUUUUGUUUAACGCCCUUGAAUUACCCAGUGUUUCGUGCGUGGGUCUCAUAUUGGCCCCCACUUGCCGCAGUGAUGGUGGGAGCUGUGAGCGCUGCUGGCCCUGGCCUCUCUCCGGCCACUGCAGGGCUGCUGGUGGCUCUUCUGGUUCUGUUGAGCGGAGCGGACGCUCAGCCGUGUCCGGCCCAGUGUUCCUGCACUGGCACCACAGUGGACUGUCACGGCCAAGGACUGCGCAGCGUGCCCAGGAACAUUCCACGCAACACGGAGAGGCUGGACCUGAAUGCAAACAACCUCACAAAAAUCACCAAGGCGGAUUUUGCAGGACUGAGGCAUCUGCGAGUCUUGCAGCUAAUGGAGAACAAAAUCACCACGAUUGAGAGAGGAGCCUUUCAGGACCUGAAGGAGCUGGAGAGACUGCGCCUGAAUCGGAAUAAUCUGGCUGUCUUUCCCGAGCUGCUUUUCCUGGGAACGACAAAGCUUUACAGACUUGAUCUGAGUGAGAACCAGAUUCAAGGGGUUCCAAGGAAAGCCUUCAGGGGAGCCGUGGAGAUCAAGAACCUCCAGUUGGACUACAACCACAUCAGCUGUUUAGAGGAUGGAGCUUUUCGAGCAUUACGUGACCUGGAAGUGCUGACGCUCAACAACAACAACAUCAGUCGACUGUCUGUGGCCAGUUUCAACCACAUGCCAAAGCUCAGGACCUUUCGCCUGCACUCCAACAACCUGCAGUGUGAUUGUCACGUGGCCUGGCUGUCAGAGUGGCUGCGACAACGCCCCCGUCUGGGACUUUAUACACAGUGCAUGGCGCCGCCACAUUUGAGGGGGCACAACGUGGCUGAGGUGCAGAAGAAAGAGUUUGUCUGCACAGGUUACCAGUCGUCGUCAUUCUCCUCCUGCAGUGUGUUACAGUGCCCAGAGUCGUGCACCUGCAGUAACAACAUUGUGGACUGCAGAGGAAAGGGACUGACAGAAAUACCCACCAACCUGCCUGAAACCAUUACUGAGAUCCGACUGGAGCAGAACGCCAUCAAGGUGAUCCCAGCUGGGGCCUUUUCUCCUUAUAAGAAGCUACGCAGGAUAGACUUGAGUAACAACCAGAUUUCGGAGCUGGCUUCGGAUGCUUUUCAAGGUCUGCGCUCCCUCAACUCUCUGGUUUUAUAUGGGAACAAGAUCACUGAGAUUUCCAAAGGAUUGUUUGAGGGACUUUUUUCUCUGCAGCUAUUGUUACUGAAUGCUAAUAAGAUAGCAUGUCUGCGUGUGGAUGCAUUUCAGGACCUUCACAACCUCAAUUUGCUCUCACUGUAUGACAACAAGCUCCAGACCAUCGCCAAAGGAACUUUCUCAUCGCUGAGAGCCAUACAAACACUUCACUUAGCCCAGAACCCGUUCAUCUGUGACUGCCAUCUGAAGUGGCUGGCCGACUACCUGCAGGACAAUCCCAUUGAAACGAGCGGUGCGCGCUGCACAAGCCCGCGGCGGCUCGCCAACAAACGGAUCGGACAAAUCAAGAGCAAGAAGUUCCGCUGCUCAGCUAGAGAACAGUAUUUCAUUCCAGGAGUACACCACCAUGUCGGCUGUACUGAAGACUACCGCAGCAAGCUCGGAGGAGACUGCUUCGCUGACCUGGCCUGUCCCGAGAAGUGCCGCUGUGAGGGCACGACGGUCGACUGCUCCAACCAGAAACUCACCAAAAUUCCAGAUCACAUUCCUCAAUACACCGCAGAACUGCGUCUCAACAACAAUGAAUUCACUGUGCUCGAGGCCACCGGCAUCUUCAAAAAGCUGCCUCAGCUGAGGAAGAUUAACCUGAGCAACAACCGUAUCACUGACAUAGAGGAGGGUACAUUUGAAGGAGCCACGGGGGUCAACGAGUUGAUUCUGACCUCCAACAGACUGGAGAACAUACACCACCGCAUGCUGAAGGGACUGAGUGGCCUCCGCACGCUUAUGCUGAGGAGUAACCGAAUCAGCUGUGUGAGUAACAGCAGCUUUGUGGGGUUGAGCUCAGUUCGUCUCCUGUCGCUCUAUGACAACCAGAUCACCUCCAUGAACCCCGGGGCUUUUGACACUCUGCACUCUCUGUCCACACUAAACCUCCUGGCCAACCCCUUCAACUGUAACUGUCACCUGGCUUGGCUCGGGGAUUGGCUGAGGAGGAAACGCAUCGUCACGGGUAACCCUCGCUGCCAGAGUCCCUACUUCCUGAAAGAGAUCCCCAUCCAGGAUGUAGCUGUGCAGGACUUUGCCUGUGAAGAUGGUAAUGAUGAGAACAGCUGUUCUCCAGUGCUGAGGUGCCCAGCAGAGUGUUCGUGUUUGGACACAGUGGUGCGCUGCAGCAACAAGGGUCUCACCACACUGCCAAAGGGACUGCCCAAAGAAACCACUGAACUCUACCUGGACGGUAACCAUUUCACUCAGGUUCCCGCGGAGCUGUCCGACUACAAACAACUAACAUUGAUCGACUUGAGUAACAACCAGAUCAGCACAUUGUCCAACCACAGCCUCAGUAACAUGUCCGAGCUGCUUACCCUAAUCCUAAGCUACAACCGCCUGAGGUGCUUUCCGGUGAGGGCGUUUGAUGGACUCAAGUCUCUGCGUUUGCUCUCUCUCCAUGGUAACGACAUAUCACUGAUACCAGAGGGAGCCUUCAAAGACCUGUCAUCACUUUCCCACCUAGCUCUGGGCGCCAACCCUCUGCACUGUGACUGCCACAUGCAGUGGCUGUCAGACUGGGUAAAAAGUGGCUACAAGGAACCUGGCAUAGCCCGCUGUGCCGGACCCGGUGACAUGACGGACAAACUGCUGCUCACCACACCUUCCAAGAAGUUCACCUGCACAGACGUCCUGGGGCCUUGUGGUUUUCUGGUGCCAGGUCCAGUGGAUAUGAGUAUCCAGGCCAAGUGUGAACCCUGCCUGUCCAGCCCCUGCAAGAACGAUGGCACCUGUUCCAAUGACCCUGUGCACUACUACCGCUGCACCUGUCCCUAUGGAUUUAAGGGCCAAAACUGCGAGGAGCCCAUUCACGCCUGCAUCAGUAACCCGUGUCAGAGUGGUGGAACGUGCCACCUGAAGGAAGGAGAAAACAGCAACUUUUGGUGUGUGUGUCCAGAGGGCUUUGAAGGCGACGCAUGUGAGAUCAACAUCGAUGACUGUGAAGAUAACGACUGUGAGAACAACUCCACCUGUGUUGAUGGAAUCAACAACUACACGUGCAUGUGCUCCCCAGAAUACACAGCUGCUACCAAUGAGGUGGAGAGAGGGGAGCUGUGUGAAGAGAAACUGGAUUUCUGUGCUCCAGAGCUGAACCCAUGUCAACAUGACUCAAAGUGCAUUUUGACCCCACAGGGAUACAAGUGUGAGUGCACUCCAGGUUACAUAGGUGAGCACUGUGAGCUGGACUUUGACGACUGUAAAGACAACAAGUGUCAAAAUGGAGGUCAGUGCAUCGAUGCCAUCAACGGAUACACCUGCAUCUGUCCAGAUGGAUACAGUGGGUUAUUCUGCGAGUUCUCUCCCCCGAUGGUCCUUCCUCGCACCAGCCCCUGUGACAACCAUGAGUGCCUAAACGGGGCGCAGUGCGUCAUUGUGGGAACAGACCCCCGCUGCCAGUGUCUCCAUGGCUACGAGGGCGAGCACUGUGAGACUCUUGUCAGUGUCAACUUUGUCAACCGCGAGUCCUACCUGCAGCUUCCCUCCAGUCUUUUGUCUCCGCAGACCAACAUCAGCCUACAGAUUGCCACAGAUGAGGACAGCGGUGUGUUGUUGUAUAAAGGGGACAAUGAUCACAUUGCCAUGGAGCUGUACAGGGGUCGCCUCCGGGUCAGCUAUGAUACUGGCUCCUACCCUCCUUCUGCUAUUUACAGUGUGGAGACAGUGAAUGAUGGCAGUUUUCAUGCGGUGGAGCUGGUAGCAUCGGAUCAAACUCUGUCCCUUUCUAUUGAUGGUGGGCCGCCCAAAUCCAUCAACUCCCUCAGCAAACAAUCCACACUCAACAUAGAGUCCCCACUUUACCUGGGAGGGAUGCCAGAGCGUGCGUCAUCCUCUGGCGGUCUUUCAGCACUGCAGCACAGCUCAGGUGGACGCAAUGGCACCAGCUUCCAUGGCUGCCUCCGUAACCUGUACAUUAAUGGGAAGCUCCAGGACCUGGGGGCAGGGCUGGGGCCAGCAGCUCCAGGCUCAGGGACUGCACAGAGCACCACCAGACAGUGGCUGGGUCACGGGGUGGAGCCAGGCUGUCAGCCAUGCCAGAGAGGAGCCUGCGUCCAAGGCGACUGCCAUGAAACGGGGCACCGUGGCUUCACCUGCACCUGCCACCCCGGCUGGACAGGAGCGCUGUGUGACCAGCAGGUCAACAACCCCUGUGAUGGCAAUAAGUGCAUCCAUGGCACGUGCCUUCCAAUCAACUCCUACUCUUACUCAUGCCGCUGCCAGCCUGGUUUUGCUGGCGUACUCUGCGAUGUGCAGGACCAGGACGUAGCUAAUCCCUGUAGUCUGUCUCGAUGCAAACAUGGCAAAUGCAGAGUCUCCGGCCUGGGUAAAGCAUACUGCGAGUGCAACAGUGGAUAUACGGGAGAGGCGUGCGAUAGAGAGAUGGCCUGCCGAGGGGAACGGGUCCGAGAUGUCUACCAGAGACAGCAAGGCUACGCGGCGUGCCAAACCCAGGAGAAGGUCUCCCGCCUAGAGUGUCGGGGCAGCUGCACAGGGGGAGCAGACGGACAAGUUACCUGCUGCACCCCCCUCCGCAGCAAACGCAGGAAAUAUACCUUCCAGUGCACUGAUGGUUCUUCUUUUGUCCAGGAAGUGGAGAAAGUGGUCAAGUGUGGCUGUACAAAGUGUUCGUCAUAAAAUAGAAAGAUUAAAAAGAGAGAGACAAUAUCCUUGGCUGAUUUCCUCUUACCCAGAUAUUAUUCUGUGUUCCUGCCCGCCUUACUUGAUCCUCAUCCCCCACUGCCCAAGGUCCUUAUUCCUACUGGGAAAAUCUUCCUCCCUCUACAGUCCUCCCCCCACCAACCCUAUUUUUUAAACCUUUAAAAAAUAAAAGAAUAAAAAAAUAAAUAAAAAAGAGAAAGAUCGAGAAAUAUCAAAAAAAAAAAAAAAAGGUUUCUUUUGAUGUCAGUGCUGGACUGAUGAUUGAUGCUUCCUCGAUGGGGAUGUUGAAUUGUAUUGUAAAGUACAAAACAGACUUAUUUUUUAUUAUGAAGUGGAGAAAAAAAGAUUAAAAAAAACAAACAAAGCAAAACACAAGCUGACUUUUUCCUCACACCUCCUUUUUGUUGGUCACGAUGACUCCAAUGGUGUGCCACACUGUCUCUUCCCUGGAGGACUGAACGGUCACUGACGGGCUGACCGCUUCCUGUAGACUUCCUGCUUCCUGUCCGUGAGUUGCGUGUUUUAGGAGUAACCUUAACUGGUAGUACCACAGACUCACCACAGGGAGGAGCUGCAUUAUGGCAUGGGAGAGGGCGGGCAGUGAUAACCCCUUUCAACAUGAGAAACCACCUCACCACCUGUAGUGUGCAGUUUCCCUCCUGAACCCUCUGAGACUGUGUGCACGCCCCCCGAUACACAGCUGUGCUCAAACUUGUGGUGUUUUAUACAGCUACUGAACAACACACACACACAUUUGCAUAUGGUCUCACCUGUAGAGGCACGUUACCUGCCAGGUUGAAUAUACUACUCUCCGUAUAUCGACCUCCCCAAGUCAUAAAUGACAAGUAUUUAUUGUAUCAUAAAUACCUGUACUUAUUCAGUAGAUCCCCAUGUAUCAAUCUGAUUCUUUUAAUAUAUAUUAAUUUAUAUUUGUCCUUAUUUUUGUAUUAAAAAGACAUAAAAGUGUCAAGAUAGCUGAUAACUAACAAGAUGGUGUCCUUUAUUUUGGUUGAAGAGAAGUCGUUUUUUUGAUUGCUGAAACUAUUGUGCUUGCCAGAGACCUUAGUUACAUUUUAAUCUGCAAAUGUGACGUGAAGACAUUGUAUAUUUUUGUCGCCUUUCCUGAGAGUUUGUACUGUGCCAUUGCCAGAAGGUCUUUAUAUUAGAGUAUAAAUGUAUAGAUAAUUUCCCUACCUAUGUAUUUCACACACAGAUCUUGUGAGUAGCAUUGACCCUAGAGGAUUCUUAGAACUGUUUUUACCUUUUUAACAAAUUUAUGCUUUAAGAAUACUGUGACUUUUUCUAAAUGAAACUACUUUGUUAGCCCCUUGGUCUCCAAUGUUAACAUGUUGCUGCUAAGUUUUUGUACCGUAGACUUGGAUCCUGAUCUGUAUGUCAUAUAGAACUUCCUGCUCCUACUGUACAGGGGCACAUUGUGUAACAGAUAAAUAUGUUCCCCACCUCUACACAUGUGCAUUGUGCUUUAUAUUCCCUCCCUUCUCCGUCCCCAGACUAAUGUCAGUUCCCUGACUGAUGUUUGUUUAUUAAACACAAUAUUUACCUCA